CUGUUACGACAUACGUGACAAGUCAUAACGGAUUUUGCCCGUCAAUUCUGGCGGGCAUUUCAUUGACUACGACAGAAACAUGUACAUAUUUUUAUUUUAGGUAACCUUUUGUUUGUUUCUUUAUUAAUAAUAUUGUUUAUUUAUUACUUUUCUGCAUCAAUGUUUGACAUGUACAUCAUUAUCACGAAAUUGUAUGGUACAUUACACUAUAACUUGCAAUUUGCUUUAAUUUUGCAGGAUCUAGUUGAGUUCAGAUAGUGCUGGAUAUUAUUUAAUUAUGUCAGUUUGAAAAUACAGUAAUCUAUACAACAAUUUUUUAUAUAUUUUCUCCUUGUUUUACACUAUUGAAGUUCAAUUUUUAAUAAUUAAAUCAAUCGAGAUAAACAUCGAGAGGGAUGUUAAUCUUAGAUGGAACAUUCUAUACUUUGUUAACUUUAAAAACAAAUGAAGAAUAAUUUUCAGCAUUUUAUAUAAUAUUAAUGUUGAUAGUAAUAGCAGGUAACUGUUUAACAAUUUUCGAAAAUAUGGUUUCACGGUGAUCGUGUAUUUAUUUUCAACCAGGGGCUUAAGCAAGCUAUAUAUAAUUAAUAAAAUAGCAUGGGCCUAUAUAGAAAUCGUUCAUAAAGUUAUAAAUCAGUAUAAUUGUCGUCAGUGAGAUAGGGAUCCGAUAUAUGCAAAUUGUUCUACUGAGUCUAACUAUUCUAAAGGUUUGCAAUACAACGAUAGCAACUGCGUCUUGAAGCUACAUGCGAAAGAUGCCCCAAGGGAUUCCAAAUUCUUACUUACUCAGGUUUACCAAUGCUCUAUAAUAUAUAUAUAUAUAUAUAUAUAUAUAUAUAUAAGUGAAAAUGUGUGGGCUCGUUUAUCCCUCAAAGGCUUUUACAUGGGUUGAGAGAUCUUGACCAAAUUUGGCACAUAUAUCCAUAAUUAUGUAGAAUCAAAUUCUAGGUGAAAAGGGAUCCCAUAGGGAAAAAUAUACCUCCGGAACGGGAUUCCAAUUAGAAAUGGGAUCCCGUUGGGAUCCCAAAGUGGUUGUGAUUCCACUUGGAGUCAAGGGUGCAUCCAGUGUCCAUCUGGAUCGAGAUCCCAUCGAGAUCCUAUUUGGAUAGGGAAAUGGAUCCCAUCAGGAUAUAAUGGGGAUCGGGAUCCCAUCGUGAUCUAAUUGGAUCUGGAUCCCAUCGGGAUCGGAAUCGCAUAGACAUAGGGAUCCCAAUAGUAAUUGGGAUGUUGAUUUCAUACUCGGAAAAGGGAUGACAACAGGGAAAGAAUUUAAAACAGGCAAAUAGUUUAAAACAGUGUCUAGCCUAGUUAACCUUUCUUAGAUAUUAAUAUAUUUUACUAUACUUCUUCUUCUUCUUCUAUAUCUUAAUUUAUUGAUCAUUUUGGCUCCUAUGCAUGUAGAUGGGAUUUACAAUGUUUCUGUGUCUGGUGUUGAUGAAGUAGUGUCAUCAAAGUGUCUGAAAUUUCGUUAUGAAUCAGUCAUUGCCUUCUUGCCCCUUUACUCGCAUUAAUCAAUUUAUUUAUAAUUAUAUGUUGUUCAUAGCGAAUGAAGAUCAAUAUUUUUAAAAUGAUAUUUUUAAAUAUUUUAAAUAGGGAUACGUGCUACAUGGCUAGUAAUCAAGAUGAUGUUGCGGGAUCUGAGGAUGAUGAAGAUUAUAUUGAGUUACCGAAAAGUAAUUAUAAAUUAUUUCUUUAAAAAACUUAUUUAUAUUUAUAUGCUAUAAAAUGGCUUCAUUCAUUUACAUUUCGUUGAUGUAAGAUAGUCUUCAUUUGACAAACAUAAUCAUUGAAAAUAGCAGUGCGAACUUCAUAGUGUCAUGAUGUUAAAACACAUGACUACUAAUUUUAAUAACACAGCCUUUUUGUAAAAAAAAACAAAACAAUUUAUAAAUUUAUGUUGGUGCUUUUAGAAAACAAUAAAUGGGACAUACUAAUUAUCCUCUUUAAAAAGUCAUUGCUAAUUUACAUCUUAUGUUUGCUUUGACUUACUUAAAAAGUAUUGUUAACAAAGGAAACAAUCGUGGUAAACAUUUGUCUUCAGCUAGGCCAGAUGAGAAUGCCCUGAGGUCUAAUCGUGUUCGCUGCAUCAAUGAACACAGUGAGAAGUCUGUUCGACUAUAUAAAAAAUAUAUGUCGGAAAAAGUGAGUGAUUGAAGACACGCGUAUUUUAAUCAUUGAAAUGAAAACGCGGAAUCCACAUUGAUAAUGUAAAGCAAUAAAAAAAAUAUAGCUCAUGAAAAUAGUGUUGUUUGUUUUUUAACAUUAUGACUUUAGAAAUGAUGAAUAUGAAAAAUGUGGAUUUUUAUCUACAAAAUCAUGCUAUUUUUUAAUAUGUGUUGAAGAUUUUUAAAUGUAUUGCUAUAUACAUCAAAACAAUAAAUGCUAAUUGAAAAUAUUGCAGGUGUUUAUCUAAUAAAAACCACCGUCUACGGCAUUAGCAAAAUUUGAUUUUCCUUUUGUGCGUAGUGUUUUGCGAACCCAAUAUAGAUGCAUUUUAAUGGGAUCUCAAACAAGCCAAUGUUACCAUGAAAAACUCUUUGAAAUUCAGUAAAACAGAAACAGAGUAUCAUUAGAAUUGUAUGAAUUUUCAUACAAAAAUAUUGUCUUACAAACACCACCAAAUAUUAUUUCGUUUUACCGAAAAAAAUGACAUAGCAAAUCUACGAUGUUAAGAGGGACGGUGACGUAACGAGGGUUGAGGAGGAGGGUAGUAAGCACUAAUUAGCGAACUUAUAAAUUGAUUACUUAAAUGCAUGUUUUGUCAAGUAACCUUAGUCGAAGUUCACGCCACGCAGCCACCACUUGUAUGGCUGGCUGUAUUUUUAUUUUAUUUUGUGAUUGUAGUUAAGAUUAUAAAAUUAUUUUAAUCCUAGUCUUUGGUCUAUCCUAUGAAACACUUGCCAAGGGGCAACGUCAUUGUAAUAAACAACGAACAACUCUCCCCACCUCAUCAAAGAAGAGGAACUGACAAAGACAUUCACAAGAUCACCGCAAUAUUCAGUCAACUUGGUUUCAAUAUUAUAGUCUACAACAAUCUCAAAACAGAUGUACGUUACAAAUUUUUUAUAAAUUAAUUUUUUGACUGAAAACUUCUAAAAACAAUUCUAGUUUUAUAUAAACAAUAUCAAG